UACAGGACCUAUCAGUGUUAUUCAUAAUAUUAGAGCAAUAUGAAGCUUGUUCCUAUAUAUCUGGCUAUUCUGCUCGGAGUUUCUUCAGCCGAAGACAUCCCCGGUAUCGAACAAAAUUUCGCCGGAAUAAAGGACACGACAGAUCCGCAAAAUAUUAUAGAAUUCUUGGUCUACAGUCACUCGUAUUUCGAAUAUUCACACACCACGCAUAAGCCUCUGAUAUUCGAGGCGGGAAAGACUAAUUUUGGGGGUGGUUUCAACUCCAAAACGGGGUAUUUUAUUGCCCCGUUUCCUGGAUUGUACAUUUUUAAUUUCACGAGUUAUGCCGCUAUAAUUGAUCGUCUGAGAUUAAUGAAGAAUAAUUAUGACGUCAUAGUGAUAUCGAAGGAUGGAAAAGGCGGGAAAAUCAAGAAUUUAAAAAGCACAACGACGAAUAUAUUACUGCAAUUGGCUAAGGAUGACAGGGUUUGGCUUCGACUUGGACAUCGGCGGAAUACGAAUAUAGUGAUCCACGCUACGAACAACACACUGACAACAUUUUCUGGCAAGCUUCUUACAACGGAACUAAACCAUGAUCCCAAUCCAGCGUUCCGCACUCAGACUCACCGUCGACAUCGGCGUGAAGCAUUCCAGCGAGCAACUCGUGGAAUCGAGUAUUCACCUGUCAGUUUGGUUGAAAAACGCGGGAUGGGACCAUCCGGGACUUUGGAUGACGUCACAACCGAGAAAGAAGUGGUGCAGCAUCCAAGGAUAGCGUUUUCAGCGACGUGCACUAAAAGCAUGAUUGGGGGACAUAUGGCGGAUACCACCUUAUCGCUAGAUGGCGUUAUGAGCCCCGAAGCUGCCCCCAAUGGGAGAAUCGCUUUCGAUAAAAUUCUUGUAAACAUUGGGGGAGGGUUCGAUGUGGAAGAAGCAGAAUUUAUAGCGCCCGCUAACGGUGCUUAUUUUUUCGCGUACAAUGUUGGUAAAUUUCCUCGAAAGAAGCUUUCCGUUAUGCUGAUGAAGAAUUUCAACGAAGUCCAGUCAAUUAUCUACAACGAUAGCAAGUCACGUGCUCGUGAAAUCCAAGGUCAAAGUUUAAUGCUCAGCUUGAAAGAAGGCGAUAAAAUAUGGCUCCGAAGUUACAACGAGAAAAACUAUGCCGUGUACAGCAACCUUGGGAACUACAUUACUUUUAGUGGUUAUUUGGUUUAUCCUUUAUAGAGCAAAUAAGGAACUUCUUCUGUUUGUAAAACUGAAACCAGUCUGUGCCAUUUGUGAGAAAAUCGCUUGAAUUUUAUUCGAGAUAUUAUAGAAAACGUAUAUUUGUGGGAACAAAAUCGCAGAAAUGGUCCUAUUAACAUAAUUCAGUAUGUGCGGUUUGUGGGAAAAUCGCGCUAGUAGUCUUCGAGGUAUAAAACUGAGAAAACGUAUAUUUGUGGGAAUAGAAUUAUAUCAGUUUGUACCAUUUGUGGGGAAAUCGCGACAACUGUAUUUGAGAUGUUAAACUGAAAUGCUACAUGUGCGCGAAAAAACACGUAAACGGUCCAUUUUGUGGAGAAUGUAGCCUGAUUGCUUCAUCACUACAUUGUGCGUGGAAAAUUGGAAUCAGUUUGUGCCAUUUGUGGGAAAAUUGCGUGAAUUGUUUUUGAAUGUUGAACUGAAAAAGUUACGUUUGUGAGAAUAAAAUUGACUUUUCCGCCUUUUUUUCGACACCUUUACAAUUAUCGUAGCAUUCUAGUAUUUAUAUAUGAAUACAGUUUGUUUUGUGUCUAAUAUGUUCAUAUUUACGAUCAGAAAUAAUACUAACACAUUUUCUUUGACCGGAUUAACAAAAUUAUUUAUUGUAAAUCCGCAUCCCGUUUAGAGGAAAUUUUGAUUUCAGAUCCGAACAAUAAGAAAAAUAAAUUUUGAUAAUAAAAACGUAAUUUUAAUAUACCAGGUUUCUAACGCGUAGACUAGGAUUAUUACUGCGCACUCUACACACAUGCUUACAAUUGAAGGUCAAUUUGUUUGUAGGGACCGAUGGAUUAACCAAGUCUUGAACUUUGGAUGAUAACCCCGGCGACGAGUUCAUCGCCCAAAUCCAAGUCUAUUCGCUGUACGGGUUGGCUAAACACAGAACCAAGUUUAUUUAAAACAUAUUCUAAAAGGAAAAAAAGUGUCCUAAAUCACUGGAACUUUUGGGGGUACCCCUGAAGUAUGUGAACCAAGAUGGCGGACGCCGGAACGUAGUAUGUGUACCAGGUCAUGCCUUAAUUUUUUUCCGAUUUUCCUUAUUUUAGUGCAAUUAAGAGUUCGAGUACUAGCCAAGUGACUCCCGUAGUAUUCGUAUCUAAAAUUAUUGCCUAACCUGGUACACAUACUACGUCCCGUUUCCCGCCGUCUUGGUACGCAUACUUCAGGAAUACACUUUUGGGUCCAAUCACACACAAACAGGAAUUCAAGUGUCAAACACAUAUUUUCUCCAUUAUCGUAGCCGUGAAUCAGAAAUAUAUGAGUUCUGUGUUUUGGGCGUCACUCUGUAUUUGUAUUUGGGGUAUUGAAAAUUAAACUUCCCCAGGCCCCUUGGUAUGAAUUUAUGAAGAUUCGUAUCCAUUGUGGCUAUUUCAUCUUAAAGUUUCAUCAUUAUUUCCCUCUUGUUUUGUAAUUUAGUUUAAAUACGUUCUUUGGGAGAUCAAAAUAUUCCUGCUCUGAUCAAUAGCAUUGAAAUGUAUUCUAAAUCCAAGUUUGGAGAUUUUUUUUAAAGAAAAUCUAGAUAUCAUAUUAUUCAGCAUAUUCUUUUUUGCUUCAUACAAUUUAUGUUUUCUGCAUUUUAGUCAAUAAAACAUGCUAUAAAUUG